GAUAUACCAAGGUGUUACUCGUAUUAUUGUUAAAACAGGGUAGCGUAUUAUUGUGAAAAUGUCGAGACUUGUUGGAGUGGAAGGAAAGCAAACUGCGCCCCAUGAAUGUAUAGAUUGCAGCGGUCAACUGCCACAUCCAAAUCCCGUAGAGGUGGAGGACAUGGGUACUCCUGCGCUGGAGAAGCUCAUACGAAAGGCUAACAUUGCUCAGAAAAUGUUGGAGGAUGUGCUGAAGCAACUGCAGAAGCAACAAGCCACAGAGGAAACUCGACGGGAUGGAAAGCACAGAAGGGAAACAAAGUCGAAGCACCGACCUUCUACAGGAGAUAAACGACACAAGGGCCAUGAUCCUGCCACUCUUUCCUCUUUCAGCUCCAACAGCGAUGGCAGUGCCAGUGAAAGCGAGGUGAUUGCUGUGGCGGAGGAGAGGACUUCGAGGCCGAGGCACAUUCGUGACGAUCGCAAGCGGGAUCGUUCCCGCUCCCGUGGCCGUUCCCGCGGUCACUCUCGUGGCCGAUCCCACGGCCGUUCUCGUUCCAGGUCCUACACAAAUCCCCGACGACCUACUGCUUUGCCCUUGGCGUUGCCCGUUCGGAUUUCAGUGUGAGUAGCACCUGGUUUGAACAAUCUCUUUUGACAAUAUUAUUUGUGGAAUCAA